GGGAGGGAGCGGGGCCAGGACAGCAGCCAGGCUGGCUCCCAGGCUCUGGUGGUCUGCAGGGCUGUGCUGCUGGGGUGCAGGGGCUCGGUGGGGGCCCUGGGCCGUGCGUGGCCACACCUCGCCCAGCACAGCCGGCUCUGCCGGCUUCCCAGCUUUCCCUGAAACUUGUUUUUCUGCCCGGAAGUUUCCCGGAGCCAAAUGGCUCCUGCCUGCCUGCUCGGGGUCUGCAGCCUCCUCUGUGCCUGGGCAGUGGUGACAGGACACCCCUGCAGCCUUGACCACCAGGGACGGGCCGACUGCAAUGGGAAGAACCUUCAGCAUGCUCCAAGUUCCCUUCCAAGAAACAUCACCAGUUUGGACCUCUCCUCCAACUCCUUGGUCGUGCCCCGUGACAGGACUCUCCUGAUGCAUUUCCCUUCCCUGCGCUCUCUCAACCUCUCUAGCAAUGCCAUGCCAUCUCUGAGCCCAGCAAUCUUCUCCAACCUCGGGGCGCUGUGUCUGCUGGACCUGAGCAGCUGCGGCAUCACCUCCCUCCACACGGACACUUUCCAGGGCCUGGGAAACUUGCACACACUGCUCCUAAGAAACAACAGAUUGCAGGAGCUUGAUGUCCCUUUCCUGCUGCCACUGAAGGCUCUUUUCCACCUGGGCCUGCAGCACAAUGAGCUGGUCUCCGUGGACACUUGGAGCCUGCAGCUGAUGGAGACGGUCCCGCAGGUCCGUCUGGAAGGGAACCCCUGGGUCUGUGACUGCACCGUGCAGCCCCUGCAGCAGUGGCUGCAGCGCAGGAAAGCCGUGCAGGUGACCUGCGUGUCGCCCCCGGGGCUGCGGGGCCAGGAGAUCGCAGCUCUGGAUUCCCAGGCCCUGGGCUGCCGAACGAAGCACCGGUUCCCUCGCGCGCUCAGCACGGCACAGCAGACCACGGUGACCCAGAGCAACACCACCAACACCACACUGCCUGCCACCGUGAAGGGGGGAAGGAGCUGGCCUUACCUGGUGGCGUUCCUGGUGACAGCAGUGGGCGUCUCCAUCCUGAUCGCAGUGGCUGCCAAGUGCAAGCUCGUCCACAAGAACUUCGCCAGCUACCGCCACCGACCGCUGCCUGAGAUCAGCUCCAUCGGAGGCAGCCCCAUGGAGGACUGCAGUGUCUGGGACAGGGGCUCCUGCGGCAGCCAGUCCAUGCAAGCUGACCUGCAAGCUGAGGAUGAUGAUGGCUUCAUCGAGGACAACUACAUCCAGCCCAGCGAGCAGCUGCCGGACAAACAGGAGCGAGACUUGCGUCUCUCCAUCUGAGCUCACAACUCAGCCACCGCCGCUGCAGCCUCUUGUCAUCUCCAUCCCCUUGUAGCUCCAUCCCCUUGGCUGUUGACCCCGCAUGUUUGGGGGCAGGAGGAAAGGAGCAGAGAGGAGGGGAGAGAGGGAUGGGCAGGGAAUGGUGCUGGAGGCUGAAGGCAGCCAGCCCUGCAGUGCCCCAGCACGACACUGACAGGCUGCACUGUCACAGGGACACCAAACCUGCUGCUGCUUUCCCAGCCUUGCUGGGAUGCUGAGGAUGAAGGAGGUGGCGCCCACUGUGCCCAGGAAGCCUGGUGCAGUGGGAAGAGGAGCCUGCCCUGGUGCUGUCUGCGGGGCCUUGGGCACUGACCCCACUGCACCAGACCCAGCCCUGCUCUGUCCCUCAAUGCGUUGUCACUCUGGGGUGUGAUUAAAGCAUGAUUUAGCCCUGC